AUGUCUGGUGUUGACCUAGGUUUUGGCGUGGCCGGUCUCAUCAUGGCCUUCAAGGGUGCCGUCGACGGGGCACUCUGGAUCCAAUCUUUCUCCGACGACGCAAAGGAGGGCUGCGGACACCUUGCCCUCAGAUACCAUAUCGAGACUAUACGGCUGCGGGUUUGGGGGGACCUCUGCAAGGUCAAUCCAGCCAAUGUCGAGCAAUGCACGCUCCAAGACAGACCAGCCUAUAUCAAAGAGGCGGUAGUGCGUAUCCUUGGCGAGAUAGGCAAGCUAAAUGAAGAGGCAGGUCGUCUGGUGGAAAAGCACAAAAUCGGUAUGCCAGAGCUCCGGAGCCGGGACUCAAGCGGCGACCUACAAGCCGGCGUCUCUCUACAUCGAAUACCGGCAAAGUACCCGGUGAAACCAAAGGCGAGAUUCCUCUGGACGUUGAAGAGAAAGGCCGAUUUUGAAAAAGUCGUCUCGAAGAUUCAAGCACUCAAUGUGGAUUUGCGAGAUUUCACCCUCCAUUACGACGAACCACAGCUGCUCACAAAAGCCCUACUGUCGCACGUCAUAGUGUCUGUCAACGAUCACGAGCUUCUGAAGAUCUUGGCUGACCCAGGAUACAACUUUGAUCGCACCUUGGCAGUGUCUGCUCUAGCGAAAUCACUGCAACAGGACCAACUACAGCAACAAGAUCAUCCACCCAGAUCCCUCAGGCGCCCGUCUUUCAUCACAGACAAAGACCUGAAGUUUCUUACAAGCUCGUCGACACUUGGGAUCCUCACUCAACAGAGUGGUACCAUGCUCACCGUAUGGAUCGAGUGGAAUCCCGUCGUCACAGGGAACAGAUGGACAGAAUACGUCGAGUGGAUCCACUCCUUAGGUUACCAACUUGAACGAUUAGGCGGCUGCACCCUCCGCUUACCGACCUGUUACGGUGUGUACGACGACUUGGACUACGAGUCCAAGUACGGAACCAAGCGAAUCGGCUAUGUCUUCGGGCCCCCGCAAGACCACACGCCGCACCCCUACGACGGAGAUCUACACACUAAACCCCCAAAGACGCUGCGCACGCUCAUCAAAAAUCAAGGGCGCAUUCCCAUACCGCCCCUUGGCGACCGUUUCCAGCUUGCCUUCACUCUAGCGUCGGCCUUCAGCCGCUUCCACGCCGCUGGAUGGCUGCACAAGGGCCUCCACAGCGGUAACAUUGUAUUCCUCGAACGCGAUGACGAUGGCGGUAUCUCAGUGACGGAGCCCUUUAUUACUGGCUUCCAGUACUCGCGCCCCCAAGGUGAGAUCUCGCAAUCGCGAGGUCCGCUCGAAGACAGGAAGCUGCAGCACUACUACCACCCCGACGCGGACAUGGGUUUCUCCAAGCAGCGAGACCUGUACGGCCUGGGCGUCGUGCUAUACGAGGUUGGAUGCUGGGGCCUAGUGGCGAAUUCGUUCAAGGACCCGCGAAAAAUGCCGACGGACCGCGCGGCGUGGCGAACAUACUUGGUGGACAGGGUAGUAAAGGAUCUGGGGUGGCGGAUGGGGACAGCGUAUCAGAAGGUGGUGAUGACGCUGCUACAGGAUCGCCUCCCGAACGAUGAUGAAACAGAUGACAUGUUUUUCGUUCAACAAUAUCUGGAGAAGGUGAUCCGGCCGCUGAUUGCAUGCAAGGCUUAG